GUGGUGGCGGACGGGCUGCGGAGCGCAGAGGCUCCGUCACGUGUUUUUCUCCUCUGAGCGAGACAGCGGCGCGGUUGGAGGGGGCCGGCGCUCGGAGCCAGACGCCGCCGCUUGUUUUGGUUGGGGCUCUCGGCAACUCUCCGAGGAGGAGGAGGACGAGGAGGGAGGAGGGGAGAAGUAACUGUAGCGGCAGCGCCUCCCGGGGAAGAGGCGUCUUCCUCCAGUCCUUCCCAAGCCUACCCCCUCGCCUCCCGUCCUCAUCCCCUCCACUCCUCCCCUGCCGACUGGAGUGAGGGUCAGGGAUGUGCCAGUCCCUCUGGCCUGUCCCCAGCUACCCCGGUUGCUUAGUAGCGUUUUUCGUGGAAAAGCCACUUUCUCCGCCUGCCGAGAUGGGCCCGAAUGGGGGCUGCAGAGGACGCACCCGCGGGCGGCAGCAGCAGCAACAGCCGCAGCGCCGCGGUCUCUGCGCUUGAGCUGGUAUUUGGGCGGCUGGUGGCGGCGGGGGCGGUGAGGGGGUGGGAGGAGGCGGAGGAGGAGGCGAAGGAGGAGGGAGAACCCUGUGCAACGUUGAGACUUGGCAGCUCGCCUCCCCCUGCCCAAGGAUAUUUAAUUUGCCUCGGGAAUCGCUACUUCCAGAGGGGAACUCCGGAGAGAAGGCGAGCGCUCCUGGAGGGGCAACCUAGGGACCUCAGGCUGCCGCAGCCUGCCUGCACGGGACUCCAGCCCAGGCGGUGAGAGAUGCAUCUACGCUCCUUCCCGGAGACUUGGGUCUGGGAGGAUCCGGGCUGCACUCCUGCCGGACGCACAGCCUUUUCCCUGGGCAUGAAACGCCCGUAAACUCCGGCUGGGGCUAUCUUUUUGGCGUAGCCACUGCGUCCCUCUUCAGCCGCCCCUCCCAGGAGAAGGGGGGCGGCGUGGAUUUCGGAGUCGAGGUUUUGGCCGCCUCCAGCCCUGUUUGCAUGCGCGGGGCCACGGCGAGGAGCCUCCGCCCCUCACCGGGUGGUUUUUCGGCGCCUCCCUCUGCUCGGCAGCGGUGGCGGCGGCAGCAUGGCGAGCCCUCCGGAGACCGACGGCUUCUCGGACGUGCGCAAGGUGGGCUACCUGCGCAAACCCAAGAGCAUGCACAAGCGCUUCUUCGUGCUGCGGGCGGCCAGCGAGGCAGGGGGCCCCGCGCGCCUGGAGUACUACGAGAAUGAGAAGAAGUGGCGGCACAAGUCGAGCGCCCCCAAACGCUCGAUCCCCCUCGAGAGCUGCUUCAACAUCAACAAGCGCGCAGACUCCAAGAACAAGCACCUGGUGGCCCUCUACACCCGGGACGAGCACUUCGCCAUCGCAGCGGACAGCGAGGCCGAGCAGGACAGCUGGUACCAGGCCCUUCUGCAGCUGCACAACCGGGCCAAAGCCCACCACGAUGGGGCUGCGGCCUCCGGGGCGGGAGGUGGCGGGGGCAGCUGCAGUGGCAGCUCUGGCGUUGGCGAGGCUGGGGAGGACUUGAGCUACGGCGACCAGCUCCCAGGACCCGCGUUCAAAGAGGUCUGGCAGGUGAUCCUGAAACCCAAGGGCCUGGGUCAGACAAAGAACCUGAUUGGUAUCUAUCGGCUCUGCCUGACCAGCAAGACCAUCAGCUUCGUGAAGCUGAACUCAGAUGCCGCGGCAGUGGUGCUGCAGCUGAUGAACAUCCGGCGCUGUGGCCACUCAGAGAACUUCUUCUUCAUCGAAGUGGGCCGUUCCGCAGUGACUGGACCUGGGGAGUUCUGGAUGCAGGUGGAUGACUCAGUGGUGGCCCAGAACAUGCACGAGACAAUCUUGGAGGCCAUGCGGGCCAUGAGUGAUGAGUUCCGGCCUCGCAGCAAGAGCCAGUCUUCCUCCAACUGCUCCAACCCCAUCAGUGUCCCGCUGCGCAGGCACCACCUCAACAACCCUCCGCCCAGCCAGGUGGGGCUGACGCGCCGCUCACGCACCGAGAGCAUCACCGCCACCUCUCCGGCCAGCAUGGUGGGCGGGAAGCAGGGCUCCUUCCGCGUCCGGGCCUCCAGCGACGGUGAAGGCACCAUGUCCCGCCCGGCUUCGGUGGACGGCAGCCCCGUGAGUCCUAGCACCAACAGGACCCACGCCCACCGGCAUCGGGGCAGCUCCCGGCUGCACCCCCCACUCAACCACAGCCGCUCCAUCCCCAUGCCUUCUUCUCGCUGCUCGCCUUCGGCCACCAGCCCCGUCAGUUUGUCUUCGAGUAGCACCAGUGGCCACGGCUCCACCUCUGACUGCCUUUUCCCGCGGAGGUCUAGCGCCUCUGUGUCCGGCUCCCCCAGCGAUGGCGGUUUCAUCUCUUCCGAUGAGUACGGCUCCAGCCCCUGCGACUUCCGAAGUUCCUUCCGCAGCGUCACCCCGGAUUCGCUGGGCCAUACUCCACCAGCCCGCGGAGAGGAGGAGCUGAGCAACUACAUCUGCAUGGGAGGCAAGGGGGCGUCCACCCUCACCGCCCCCAAUGGCCACUACAUUUUGCCGCGGGGUGGCAAUGGACACCGCCACCUCGCAGGCGCUGGCUUGGGCACGAGCCCAGCCCUGGCUGCGGAGGAAGCAGCCGGUGCUGCAGAUCUGGAUAAUCGGUUUCGAAAGCGGACUCACUCUGCAGGCACGUCCCCCACCAUUUCCCACCAGAAGACCUCAUCCCAGUCCUCCGUGGCUUCCAUUGAGGAAUAUACAGAGAUGAUGCCUGCCUACCCGCCAGGAGGUGGCAGUGGAGGCCGACUGCCCGGCUACCGGCACUCCGCCUUCGUGCCCACCCAGUCCUACCCCGAGGAGGGUCUGGAAAUGCACACCAUGGAGCGUCGUGGAGGCCACAGCCGCCCAGACACCUCCACCCUCCACACUGACGAUGGCUACAUGCCCAUGUCCCCAGGGGUAGCCCCAGUGCCCAGCAGCCGGAAAGGCGGUGGAGACUACAUGCCCAUGAGCCCCAAGAGUGUGUCUGCCCCGCAGCAGAUCGUCAACCCCGUCAGACGCCACCCGCAGAGAGUGGACCCCAAUGGCUACAUGAUGAUGUCCCCGAGCGGCAGCUGCUCCCCUGACGCUGGGGGUGGGCCCAGCGGCAGCAACACUGCAGCGGCCCCGUCCGGGAGUAGCUACGGGAAAAUGUGGACAAACGGGGUCGGGGGCCAUCACUCUCACGCCCUGCCACACCCCAAACUGCCCGUGGAGAGUAGCGGUAGCAAGCUCUUGUCUUGUACAGGUGACUACAUGAACAUGUCGCCGGUGGGGGACUCCAACACCAGCAGCCCUUCUGACUGCUACUACGGCCCCGAGGACCCCCAGCACAAGCCAGUUCUCUCCUACUACUCAUUGCCAAGGUCCUUUAAGCACACCCAGCGCCCGGGGGACCUGGAGGAGACCGCCCGGCACCAGCACCUCCGCCUUUCCUCCAGCUCUGGUCGCCUUCUCUAUGCUGCAGCCACCGAAGAUUCCUCUUCCUCCACCAGCAGCGACAGCCUGGGCGGGGGAUACUGCGGGGUGAGGUCUGAACCCGGCCUCCCGCAUCAUCUCCACCAUCAGGUCCUGCAGCCCCAUCUGCCUCGAAAGGUGGACACAGCUGCGCAGACCCACAGCCGCCUGGCUCGGCCCACGAGGCUGUCCUUGGGGGACCCCAAGGCCAGCACCUUACCUCGGGCACGAGAGCAGCAGCAGCCGGCCCUGCUGCAGCCUCCGGAGCCCAAGAGCCCAGGGGAAUACGUGAAUAUUGAGUUUGGGAGUGAUCAGCCCGGCUACUUGUCUGGCCCCAUGGCAUCCCAUAGCUCGCCUUCUGUCCGGUGUCCAUCCCAACUCCACCCAGCUCCCAGGGAGGAAGAGACCGGCACCGAAGAGUACAUGAACAUGGACCUGGGGCCUGGCCGGAGGGCCACCUGGCAGGAGAGCCCAGGGGUCCAGCCUGGAAGAGUGGGCCCUGCACCUCCGGGGACUGCUACCAUGUGCAGGCCUACCCGGGCUGUGCCCAGCACCCGGGGUGACUACAUGACCAUGCAGAUGGGUUGUCCCCAUCAGAGCUAUGCGGACUCCUCUCCGGUUGCCCCUGUCAGCUAUGCUGAAAUCCGGACGGGCACUGUGGAGGAGGUGAGCCUUCCUGGGGCCACAGCGGCGGCUCCCUCCUCGUCCUCAGCAGCUUCUGCUUCCCCUACUGGGACUAAAGGAACAGGGGACGUGGGGGCCCGCUCUUCCCUGCUGGGGGCCCCACAGGGACCCGGGGGCACGAGUGCCUUCACCCGGGUGAACCUCAGUCCGAACAGCAACCAGAGUGCCAAAGUGAUCCGAGCAGACCCGCAAGGGUGCCGGAGGCGGCAUAGCUCUGAGACCUUCUCCUCCACACCGAGCACCCCCCUGGCAGGCAACUCAGUGCCCUUCACUGGGGGGACUGCCGGAGGGGGCAGCAGUGGUGGCGGCAGCAACACCGAGGAUGUGAAACGUCACAGCUCUGCUUCCUUUGAGAACGUGUGGCUGAGGCCUGGGGAGCUCGGGGGAGCCCCCAAGGAGGAGCCUGCUCAAGUUUCUGGGGCUGCGGGGGGGCUGGAGAACGGUCUCAACUACAUAGACCUGGAUUUGGUCAAGGACGUCAAGCAGCGCCCCCCUCAAGGGCAGCCUCCCCUGCCCCCGCCCCCUCAUCAGCCUCUGGGCAGCAAGGAGGGCAGCGCCACCAGCCGCUCCAGCGAGGAUUUAAGCGCCUAUGCCAGCAUCAGUUUCCAGAAGCAGCCAGAAGAUCUCCAGUAGCUCAACUGGACAUCACAGCAGAAUGAAGACCUAAAUGACCUCAGCGAAUCCUCCUCUAACUCAUGGGUACCCAGACUCGAACUAUUUCAUGAUUCACAACCAGGACCUCACAUCUCCCUCCUCAGUAGAUGGUACGAUGCACCCAUUUCCGUUUGUUUACUUUACAAAUCCUCAGGAGUCCGUUGACUGAACUGCAUGUUCUUAAUUGUGCCAAGCAAAAAAAGCACUGUGACACCAGGACAAUGAGUCUGCAUAAACGUCAUUUUCAACCGUCAGGACUUAGCCGGCCACGUGAGCUGACCUGCCCACCACCACAGCAGGAGAGAAUGAAUGGGUUUCCUCUCCUUGCAUCUACGAGAUACAUUUCAUCUGCUGCUGCAACUGUGCGCAACGAAGCCUCGUUGUAAAUUAUUUCACACAAAAUGGUUUGCGUUGGAUGGAGAGAGUAUUAAAUAUUUAACAUAGGUUUUGAUUUAUAUGUGUAAUUUUUUAAUUAAAAUGUAACUUUUCUUACAGCGCACAUCUUUUACCCUUUUUUUUUUUGUUUUUGGAUGUAGAACUGAGGUAUGCAAUGUUCUGUUGUAAAGAGUGGAGCAAAUGCUUAAAACAAGGUUAACAAGAGUAGACCGGGGUACGUACGACCCUUGUUUUAAGAUUGUAAUUCAGAAAAGUAAUAUAAGAGUCAUAGUGCCAUAGACGGUUCUCAAUUGUAUAGUUAUAUCUGCUGAUACUGUCUCUUAUAAUAUAGCCCUGGUGUUGAGCUGAGAUCCUUACAAGCAUUGAUCUUAAUUUUGUAUUUUUCCUGUAAGGCGAUAGGCCAUGUUAAUGGAACUGAAGGAGGGUAGAGUCAGUCUACUAGGUAUUUUCAAGUGUCAGCUUAUGAUUGGCAACGGAAUGGAAGCAAAGUUCUAAGAAGAGGAAAUCGCAGUCUUCCAUUUGUACAUACUGUACAGCGAAGAAGACACACACGGGCGAUCGCGUCACAUCAAAAGCUGUCUUUGGAAUGAACGAUGUGGGUGUUUGUAAAUUCUGGAGAUUUCUUUCUAUUCAUAAUAAACUAGAGACUGUUGAUCUUUUCUUUCCCCCUCCCCCACUUCUGCCAGCCUCCCGCUGCAUUGACCCUAUCUCCUUCUGCCCACGCACCAGGAUAUUUUGUUCUCUGCACCGUCUCAAGAAAGAUGGUGAGACAAAUGGGUGCUUGUCUUUAACUUCUAACCAGGAAUCAAAAUUCCAGAAGGUGGUGGGGAUUUUGUUGGUUUGUUUUUGUUUUUAAAUCACGACCAGGGCUACAUGUCACUUUCUUUAAGAGCUUGUCUCAUGCUUUCUGAGAACUUCCCGUGUUCCAUUACCUAACUGAAUGUCAUUUGGCCCCUUUGGGUGCUAGCCCAUUAGUGAUUAGUUAAUAAAACUCAGUGUACAGCGAGCCCAUCCAGGCUCCAUGACCAGCUACUGAAAUAUCUAGCCAGCAGUGAAAAUGUUAAUCCCUUUCUUCUUUUGGGAAGUACUCACAUCUUGGAAUUUUUCCUUGUGAAAAAGAAGUGGCAAUGAACGUACUCAAAAAUACUGCCCACAGAGUUUUUUUAAGCCUUUUUACCAGGAGACUUCCUAUAAGUUAAGUGAAUCAACGCCAAUAUCAGGCUCGCUCUGCUGUCUGACGACUCUAUAUCAGAACUUUCCAGGGCUACUGUUGAAGGAGCAACAUUUUAUUUCUCUGCAGGGUUGUGCAUCCUGGGAGGAGAUGAGGCUGAAGGAAGGGACCAGGGUUGGAGGUGCAUUGCAGUGGCUGCUGCCCCUUGUGUCCUGGCCGGGGAAGCCCUUUUCUGCUCAAAGGGAGUAGGGACACAUGGCACCCCUGUCACUGCUGAGGCCGUGUUACUCUUGAUUCGACCGGGUGGCGUGUGCUUCACAGGCUGUUGUGUAAUGUUCAUUGUUGCAGAUUCUAAUCAUCUGCAUGCUCAUCAGUUUCUAAGAUAAAUAGGUCCGUAGUCAUAAGAAUCCAUUGUUUUCAAGGAACUUGCUGGAUUACAUCAUUUCCUGUUAGAAGAGAAGACUACCAAUUUUAAAAAAUCAGAUCGGAAGGAAUUUUUUAAAAAUCUUUUAUGAAAAACACUUUUUGUUGAUCAAACAAAGUUCCAUUUUUCAAGUAUUCUGACUCAUACUCUGGCUAGUAGUACAGAAGAGCAAGCUGUCCUGCACUCUGUCAUCGAGGACUUAACGUAGCUAAACAAAUCAGUGAACAAACUCAGCCCCAGUGAGUGUCCUGUAAAGCUGGUUGUUGUUACUCAAGGAAUCUAAACUUUGAAUGAUUCUUACCAAGAUACCUCUGUGCAUGGAAUGAUCAGCGUGUAUUGGAUGAGAACAGGAAUGAACAGACUGGAAAAAUCCAUCUCUUGGUUUUUAUUUCUCUGAUGUUUUGUUCAGCUACAUAGCAUAAGGGUAGAAAUUCUUACGUAAGCUGCUUCUAGUGGUCCUCGAGCUGGGUUGGAUGGUGGUCUCAAGCUUUCCUGAUUUAAAACUGGAGGUUGCUGGUGUUUAGGGCAAAGAACUCAUGCUCUGGCUCCAUGAGGGGCUGAUCCUGAGCAGCAUCAGCUGCGAAGUCCUUGUGUUCGGUUCCUGUUGCGGAGACUUGACUUUCAUCCAUUUCAGUGUUCGUAGGCCCGCCAGGGGCUCCUGUUAGUGGGGAUUCAGGGGGCCCCUGGUCAGCCUGUAAGUUAGUGGCUUUUUCUUCAGGAGACCAGCCUUUCACAGCAUUCUUUUUUAGAGAAUUAGGCAGAGUUAAAAUUUUUCUUUAGUGGAAAGAACAACUAUAUUUCAUGACUUUGAUGGUAUCUUUGUUAUGGUUUUAAAGAACAGGUCCUAGAGGCAGCUGCAAGCGAGGAGAAUCCGUUAAUGAUCAACUGCCUGAGUCAAUAGUGACAGAUCAGUACUGAUGUUCCACUGGUGGCUGUUUCUUGGUACCUUUCAAAGGUCAGGGACUCUCUUGCCUAACCUAGGUUACCUGCAAAAAUGGAUUUACAAAAAGUCAUCUAGCCAGAGGUGGAGAUCUUUGACCUUUCCUUCCCUGGCAAUUGUCUCCCAGCUAGCUGUCUUUUACAUUUGAGACAGGGUGUUACAAAAUGACCUUACUAUACUGGAAGAAACCGAAUCAGGCAAUUCUGAAGCCCUGUUUUGUUCCCAGAGUCAACAUGCCAUGCGGUUGAAAGUUUUACUUCUAUUUACCAGAGGUUGUUCAAAGACGGGGCAAGGGAGCUCACGGUUCACGGACACAAAUGGGGCCGUGAACAAUGGGAGACAUGUGACGCGCUCCGACUGCUUUGGCAGAGCUCUGCGGGUCAGUCCAACACACCAGGCGGCGUUGGAGCCCCAGGCACCGUGGGAAUGAAGACCUUGAUGGGGAGAGCCAGCACCCUUUGGAUGGCAUGUGCAGGAGAAUGGAGGGAAGCCAAAAAUGAAAUCGCUUCUUUGCAAUGACUUGAUGGGGGAGCUAAGGGUUCCUAGGAUGACAGGAAUGUUAGUCGGUGGCGAGGCUGCGUGCGUGCAUGCGUACAGGCUGCUGAGAAGUGGCAGAGGGAUAUGGAGAAAUGUGACCUGGCUGGAGCUAAGGCAAAGACCUCGCAUCUGUGAGCUUAGUUGGGGAGAGCACAAACGACCUUCUCAGGGUCGGUAGAACAUCAAGGGUUGAACACAGGUGCCUGUGGCCAUUUCCCAGGCCAAGGCAGAGAAAACCUGGGAGGUCCUCCCAUUAGCUCCACAAUCGGUCUCCCGAGUGUAGGCAGAGAACGUGCGGCUCAGAUGGCAUGUCCUGGGUGUCCCUCACUCCUUGUUACUAGAACCCCAAGCGAGUGCCAGGAGGAGGUAGAAGGGUACUGAAGGUGUUGUACCCAACUCUUAAGGCAUUUCAGUCAUCAGGAGCUCAUUAUCAGCUUAGAAGAUUAGAAAACGUGUGACUGAGCUGGAGAGUUGUCCCCCUCCCCUCGGUUGUGGAUGAGUGGCUUUGGGGUGUUUAUAUCAAGUGAUCUGGUGUUUCACACUUCUGCCAUCCACCCUGAUUUCAGUCUCUCUCUGCUUCACUGGUCCGCCGCUCCACCGUUAACCAGUGUGCCCCCUGAUAGGGUACGUUCGGUGAACAGGGAGACUUGUCUGUAUCGGUAGAGACAUCUUUAGUGCGGUCUUCUUUUUUUUUUUUUUUAAACUCUUCUGUUGGAUUAAAAAUGUAGCUCCUGGAACAAUUUUUCUCACAAAGCUCUUUACACCUCUUGGCUGCAGGGUGGGCCCAAUGAAAUACAUAUAUAUUUUUUCAUUUAAUGUAUGUGCCGUUCGGUUUAUCAUCUAGGAUGGUGAUGCUGCCCAAGGUGCUACUUCAUCUGUGUACAAAAGGACCAAUGCAUGGUCUGUAUUGCUACCAAAACAUUGAUUGUAUAUAUGUGUAUACCAUGUACUAUGUAUAUAUGUAAUGGGUACCAGGCCGGGUAUAUAUUUUUAUUUAGAAGUGGUUCACUUUCCCAAGCUUUCUUUAUAGUGUUAUGCUUAUUUUCAGUUUUUCUUCUCCCCUGAUUCUGUCUGGUACUUAGAACUGUAGUGUCUUCAUCGUUAAUUAAAGAAAACUGUCUAAAUGAA